AUGAGAAAGCAACAGAGGGGACCAGCAGGCCUGAGGGUGCCCCCACCAGAGGAGGAGAAUCCCAGGGUCAAGUGCAAAAACUGUGGGGCCUUUGGUCACAUGACACACAGCAGGAGGUGCCCCAUCAAGUGCUCGGAUGGGACCCUGACUCUGCAGCCCAUGGGCCCAAACAAGGAGAACCUGGUGCCUCAGAAACGGCAGCAUCCCGUGAACCCAGGGCCAUUGAGGAAGACAGAGCUACAGAAGGAAGAGAAUCAAAGGCAAGACAAGCUGCAAAGCAAGGCUGUCCUCCAGAAACUUCCCAGCAACCUCCAAGGGAGGCAGCAGCACAGCUGGAAGGACGUGACUGAGUCCUGGGAGGAUCUGAGUCAACCAAGUGGGCCUAUGCCUCUCAACAGAGCCCAAGAAACAAGGGUCUUGCAUCCUGACCUCACAAGUCAGAUAGCCAUCCAGAAAUCUGCCCUGAAACCCAGUAGCUCCUCAUCUCUCCUAAAAGCACCUGAACUGAGUCGCUUCAAAAGAUCCAGCGAAAAGGAAGGUGAGGAGGUGGAUACCGCUGACCCCAGCCCACCUGCAGUGAAGCAACUUGGCCAGCACCGCACCUUCAAUGUGAAGCAGACAGACCACAGGCCUAAUUUGUCUGCUUUCAAAAUCCCCAAGAAGGCCUCCAGAACACAGGACUUAGACGGAAGCUCCAGAUGUCAGACACAAGCCAGAUUUUCACAUGAGGAGCCACAGCCCAGUAAACAGUCUGAGGCUCUGAGAAUGGGUCCCCAAUCCAAACCCAGCAAUGGGCCUCCAGGCAAGAGAUCCCUCAAGAUGCCCCAUCAUUCCUCCUGGAAUCCAGCCAAGAGACCAAGACUGAGCCCCUUACAAAACCUACAGAGGACCACUCAGUCACCUAAGCAUGGGACUCUCCAGAGUCUGCAGGAGCUGCCAACUACAAGAGGCCAAGGAAGAAAAGCGUCACUUCCUGUGUCACAGAGUUCACCAGCUCCAGAGCUCAACACUGACCUGCAGCCACCAAAAAACAGAGUUCCCGAGAAAACUGUGCAGGGCUCCACUACCUCCCAUCACCCAGCUCCUAGCUGUGUGCCAGGCGCGUCCCUCAGAAUGGUAUUCAGUGCAUUAGGCAAUAACUGGUGGAGCUGCAGGUUCAUGACUACCCCCUCGCCUCAGCCCCAUGGGAAGCCAACUCCAACUCCUCUGGACCCUCCUGUCCCCAAGAAGACAGAGAAACCCUGUGUGAAAUCUCCACUGAGACUCCUCUAUGAGUCCCUUCAGAUCUCCUCCUCCUCUGAGGACAGUGACUGGGAGUGA